UGUUGAGCUGCUGUCUGAAGACACGGAGCAGAGAGGAGAGGCAGGGAAGCCGGAGAGGAGAGGCACAGAUCGGUCACACACACAGCGGAGCCUCCUCGCAUCAUGCUGGGCAACAAGAAGAAAGCAGCUCCGGUAAACGGCGCCGGGACGUCCGAAUCCAAGGCCAUCGAUCCUCUGAGGAAUCUAGGAGUGCAGGAGGAUGAAGAUGUGAAGCAGAUGUUACAAGGUUCCAGUAUGGUGAAGGUCCGCUCACCUCGCUGGCAGAAGAGACGAACUCUGAAACUGCUGGACGACGGUGUCACCAUCUGGUGUCAGUCCCACAAAACCUCCAGCCGGGCCAAGGAGCUACAGUCCUUCUCCGUCACAGAGGUGGAGUGUGUUCGGGAGGGUUGCCAGUCAGAGUUGUUGCGACGGAUGGCUGGUUCAGUACCUGAAGGCCGGUGUUUGACAGUGGUCUUCAAAGGACCCCGCAAGAGUCUGGAUCUCCUCUGCCAGAGCCAGGAGGAGGCUAAGCACUGGGCCCGCGGCAUCCGAACACUGCAGGAGAGGGUGGAGAACAUGACCCAGAAGGAGAAACUGGACCACUGGAUUCAUGCUUAUCUGAGUCGGGCAGACCAGAACCACGAUGAUAAGAUGAGCUAUGAUGAAGUUCAGACACUGCUGCAGAUGAUCAACAUUGACUUGAGUGACCAGUAUGCUCGAACCCUCUUCCAGAAAUGCGAUCGCUCGGCCGACGGUCGUCUGGACCACGCAGAGAUCGAAAUCUUCUGCAGGGAGUUGUUACGGAGGCCCGAGCUGGAUGCCGUGUUCAUCCGCUACUCUGCAAAUGGCUGUGUGCUUUCCACUGUGGACUUGAGGGAUUUCCUGCAGGACCAGGGGGAGGAUGCUUCACUCACCCACGCCCAAAGCCUUAUACUCACCUAUGAACUUAACGCGUGGGCCCAGAAGAACCAGUUCAUGACAGCCAAUGGUUUCACCGUGUACAUGCUGUCUAAGGAGAACUGCGCGUUUAACCCGGAUCAUGCAAGGGUUUAUCAAGACAUGACACAACCGCUGGCACACUACUUCAUCUCCUCCUCCCACAACACCUACCUCACCAAGGACCAGCUGACCGGGGACAGCAGCACAGAACCAUACAUCAGAGCCCUGAAACAUGGCUGUCGCUGUGUGGAGCUGGACUGUUGGGAUGGAGAUAAAGGAGAGCCAGUCAUCUAUCAUGGACACACACUCACCUCCAAAAUACCCUUUGUUGAAGUCAUUGAGACAAUCAAUGAGUAUGCUUUUAAAGCGUCUCCCUACCCCCUGAUCCUGUCACUGGAGAACCACUGUUCCGUGGAGCAGCAGACAGUGAUGGCUCAACAUCUGCGAUCCAUCCUGAAGGACAAGCUGCUUACCAAGCCCCUAAAUGGUCUGGAUUCCCGCAACCUACCUUCUCCAGAGGAUCUUAAGGGUAAAAUCCUGGUGAAGGGGAAGAAGGAGCGCGUGGUGAAGGAGUGCUCGUCCAGCUCCUCAGAAUUCAGUUCCUCAGAUGAAGAAUCCUGCCAGGCUGAUGGCAAAGCCAGAGGAAAGAAAGAGGACAAGAAGCCAGGUGUGUCUAAGCUGAGUCCAGAGCUGUCAGAUCUGGUGGUGUACACCCGCAGUGUUCCCUUUAAAAGCUUCGAGCAAGCUGCCAAAAACCCAUCAACCGACAUGUCCUCUUUUGCUGAAAGUGAAGCCCUCAGGCACGUUAAGGACUCAGGGAUGUAUUUUGUUCGUCACAACACUCACCAGCUCAGCAGGAUCUACCCCUCAGGACAGCGCCUCCAGUCCUCCAACUACAACCCUCAGGAGAUGUGGAACGGAGGCUGUCAGAUUGUUGCUCUGAACUUCCAGACACCUGGUGAGCAGAUGGACUUAAAUCAAGGCAGGUUCCUGCAGAAUGGUCGAUGUGGUUACAUCCUGAAGCCUCCCUUCAUGUGCCAGCCUGACACCACCUUCAACCCAGAGAAUGUUGGUGGAGGUCCUGCCCACAACCCUGUCCUGCUCACUGUUCGGGUGAUUUCAGCUCAGCAGCUGCCUAAACCAGAAUGGGACAAGCCCAGCUCCAUUGUGGACCCUCAGGUGUGGGUUGAGGUACAUGGUGCUCCCAUUGACAACAACAAGAAGAAAACCCAUCAUGUUGAUAACAAUGGCUUUAACCCUCGGUGGGACUGUACCUUUAAUUUUACCGUCCACGCCCCUGACCUGGCUUUGGUUCGUUUCAUGGUGGAGGACCAUGACUAUACCUCAAGCAACGACUUCCUAGGACAACACACCAUCCCUUUCACAAGUCUCCGCAAAGGUUAUCGUCAUGUCCGACUACUCAAGCUGGAUGGCUCCAGCAUUUCACCGUCCUCACUCUUCGUCCAUAUCAAGCUCACUCCCUGUCAGAGCAGUCCGUCCAAAUCAUCAGCUAAGUCACCGGCCAGGUCACCGUCCAAGUCCCCAGCUAAAUAGCUCUAACCAGCAUAGAAGCCACCGUGGGAAGAUCUUAUAAGACAUAUCUGCCUUUAUCAAGGCAAAAAAACCCUCAAUGGUUCUGACCUUGAUUUGCUAAUGAUGCAGCUACAUCCUCAAACAGUUUAUAUUUUGUGUAACAAGAGGACUGUGGUUUUACAAAAAAUUGAAACUGACCAGUUUUCCAGUAUUUCAUAUUUGUGAAGAAAGAAAACACUGCUAACCAUGACAGUGAGCUUUUAUUAAUCUGCUGAUCUUCAGGAUGUCUAAACACGGGAAAGUGAGAUACAAUCAGGGAAGGAAAUACCAUGCGUAAUGAACCAAAUGUCAGUUUUGACUGGAGUUGUUAACUACACUCCCAGCUUCAUUUCUUCAAAACAAAACAAAUAGAAAUUCUAUCAGUCACAGUGACUGGUACAUACCUGAAGCCAGAAUUAUCCCUUUAAUUCCCAAUUUAAAGGAGGCUUAAUUCUUAGAGCAGGACUCGAGAACAUAAUGACAACCAGUUGAACCAGCCUGCAGAAGUUUACAUUUAAGAUUUACAAGAGCAU